CAUAUAUCGAAAAAUAGGUCAAACACAACAAUGAAGAUGUAGAGAUAUUUGCUUUUAUACUUAAUUAUUUACCAAAAAAAAAAAGUAUUUCACAUUUAGUGAUCACAGCAGUAAGACUAGAUGAACUUUACAACAUUUCCUUGAACUAAAAAAUAAGAAAAUUAAAAAAAACCUAAAGAAAAGAAGGAAAUAAGGAAAUAAACGCAUUGAUUUUUUUGUAUGAAAAUAUAAAAAGAAAAUUUUUGUGGAAAAUGGAAAAUCUACCGACAAAUAUACUUGUCAAAAUUUUUGAACAAUUAAGCAAUAAUGAUUUAAUAAGUGUAUGUCGAGUGUCCAAAAAAUUCAAUUCAGUCAUUAUUGACUUUAUGGCUAUCAAAUUUCCUCCAGUCAGAAUCGAUUUUCAGUAUCUUCAUUUUAAUAAGGUACAAAAAUUCACGUACAAAGAUGACAAGGAUUUUAACUGCUUAAUGGAAUCGACUAGGCUGUAUCAGAACUACAUUUUCGUAAAUUUCAAUAAGGAACAUACAGAUAGACUGGGAAAUAAAUGGUUGCAGCUUUUUAAGAAGCAAAUAAAUGCGAGAUGCAUUAGAAUCAAAUCAGACUGUUUGGAUCUACAGCAAUUAAGUAAUCUUUUAAAAUUGACACAUCGUCUGGUAUUCUUCGAACUCGAUGGAUAUAGAAUUGAUAAAACAAAUGAGCCACUAGAUGACAGCGAUGUUGCAAAUCUUCCAUCAUUAAAGCAUCUAAAAAUCCAUUCGUUCCUUGAUACUACGCCUCAGCUAUUUAAAAUCUUUAACGACUGCACAUCACUUAAAACCAUUUCUCUUAGUGCGUUAUUUAUGGUCAGCAAGAAAAUUAAAUCGAUCAAUGAUCUAAUAUUUAAUCAAAAGGCAUUAGAAGUGCUAGAUUUAAUUGGCCUAGAUACACACAAUGCAUUAUUUCAAUAUGAUGAAUCGAUGCACGAGAUCAAAUUUAAAUUGAGGAAAUUGAAUGUCGAGUACAAUGGAUAUUCCCUUAAUUUGGAAAAGUUUGUCGAGUUCCUUCGUCAUCAGAAAUCAUUGAAAGAAGUCAAAUUGGCGCUAGACUUGAGAAAUAGCAUGCAUACACUGCAUGAUUCGAAGCUAUGUGACGAAAUAAUAAGAAUACUAAUGACGAUGAGAAAUUUAUCUUCGUUAAGUCUACUUGUGAAUAAAUAUUCGGUGAAAGAAUUGGAUAGCUUUAAUGUUCCCAGCAAUACAUGUGUGAAAAAAUUUGUGUUCGAGAAUGAGUCGGGUGAAAAUAAUAAUCUACUUCUAUGUAUGCUUAAAUCGCUACAUAAUUUACAGCAUCUAGAAUUAGCGUGCGAAUAUUCUAAUGAUUUAUUAGCACAGUUGCCACUAAUGAUGAAACUGAAACAUUUAAAAUUAACAGAUUAUUAUCAGGGACUAUUGAAGACAAUAAAAUGUUCCGAUUCAUUGGAAUCGAUUAGUGUUAAAUAUUGUUAUACGAAAAAUUCGGGAAGUGAUUGGCACGAGUUCUUACAAAAUCAUACAAACAUAAAGAAAAUUCAUAUUGAUCAUUCAAUUGACUUUGUGGACGAUGCAAUAUGUGAACUUAUUGCCGGUGCAUGCCAGAAGAAAUUGGAAUAUUUUGUAAUGACAGAUUCCGUUGCAAAAAAUAUUACUGACAUUGGACAUUUGAGCUUUCAGAAGCAUUGUCCAAACAUUAAGUGUCUUAAAUUAACUAGUAAUAACAAAAAUACAACCUCACAAUAUAAACAUCAAAGCUUUCAUGACUUAUUAGCUAAUAUUAAAUGUGUUAUAUUCUUUUACACUUUUUGCAUUAUUUUCUUUAUCUUAAUGAUUUUGUUAAUGGUUAAUGGAAAAAUUUAAAUAACGUAUUUAUACCAUAAUUGUACCUGCUGCAUAUUAAAAACUUGAAUUUUUUGUUCAAUACGCUUUAAAAUUUAGAUAAUACAUUGUGCGCAAAUUAUUAUAUUUUUAUGUACCUAGUUAUUUUUGUAACUCUUAUUAAUAAUAAACUUAUCCGUACUCUGGCAGGAAUCUUGUAAGCGCAUUGUAAGAUGCGCACAAAGUUUCUGCUAAGAUAAUCAAAACUAGAUGACACAAUAACAACAACAUGUUAAAUAUAAAUAAAGAAAAACUUUUAUUACCAAAAAGUAGUCGUUCCUUAAUAAUUUUGAUAAUUUCCCAAGAUCUGUGUCACCAUCUGAUUACACAAUUGCGCAUAAGGAUUAAUAUCAACGAGUUGUUGACGAGAAAACUUGGAUCCGAGUUUUGCACUUUCAUUAAAGUCAUCGCGUGCAGCAUCUAAAUUGUUUUGCAUUCUAUGAAUUAUUCCACGUUGUGUAUAUGCACGACAUUUCGUCAAUUUGUAUUUAUCACCCGAUAGUUCUAUUGCUUUGUUCAAGUCACUAAUUGUUU